AUGGCUGACUUCAAAGACCUUUUAAUGCCACACGGCCGCACGGAAUUAUGCAAUUCCGUGCUACCGGGACUUCUAGACUGCAUCGCUGACAUCGCAAAGUCACUACGUCAGUCACAGCACGUCUCCCUGGCGGGAACCACAAACACAUUCGGCGAUGGCCAGUUGAACGUCGACAUCGCAGCAGAGAACCUUCUCCGAGCAACACUUGCCAAGUGUCCCUCUGUCUUGACGGCGAGCAGUGAAGAAGAGCCAAUCGAGCGACCUGCUCGCGACGGCGAAGACGCGGAGAAUGUUCCCGCCGGCUCAGAAAAGUACACUGUCGCCUUUGACCCGCUAGACGGAAGUUCUAUCAUUGCACCCAAUUGGACCGUGGGAACUAUUAUCGGUAUCUGGGACGGAAGCUCGGCAAUUCAUCAGAAGCCUUCAGAGAAACAAAUCGCUUCCAUCUUGGGCGUCUUUGGACCCCGUACCACUGCCAUCGUUGCGCUGAAGGUCCCCGGUGGCAAGCCCCAAUGUCUGGAGAUUGGCAUUGGAGAAUCGGGACAGAACCACGAGAUCAUUCGGUCCGAUGUCAAACUCGCAGACGCGCCUUUCAAGACUCGCUACUUUGCUCCAGCCAAUCUUCGCGCUGCCGCUGAGAGUCCGGCUUACAUGGGCCUGAUUACGCAGUACGUGGAGAAGAAGUAUACCCUUCGGUAUAGUGGCGGAUUGGUACCCGAUGUAGUGCACGCCCUUGUGAAGGGUCACGGCGUGUAUUUGUCGCCUGUGACUGGUGCGAGUGAGGCGAAGCUACGCCGCUUGUAUGAGCUGUUCCCUGUUGCACUGGUGGUGGAAUGUGCUGGGGGAAAGGGCUAUUGA